AUGACGCCAAAGACCAACCUUGAGAAACAAGCUGCAAUGAUGAAACCCGAGGGAGCCACUCCGCUGCCGAAAGCUAUCCACAGUUUGAGCCCAGAAAGCUGCGGCGAUGUACCUUCAAAGAAGCCCCCUCGAGUCAGGUACCGAACUGACCUGCGCCACCGAGACUCCAAGAAACUGCUUACUCGGAUGUUCUCGGACUCUCCUGGGAGUCUACAAGGUGAAGACCAAGGUGAUGAGCCAACAUUCGACCUAGUGACGACCUACUAUACAGCGGUCCAGGCCCCUCAACCUGAUCUGGGACUUCAAGCUAAUGUUCUUCUGGAAUCUCCAACCUACCAAUUGAACAUCUAUUCCCCAGCAAUCAUCCACGCCCUGCGAAGUAUCGUCGAAUACUAUCCUGCUCAGGAUCUAACAGCCGAGGUACUCGAGAUACAAUGGCCUUAUUCGAUUUUGGCCCAUCAUUACGACGAGUUAUCUGCGUAUCGCGACGGCCAUAAAGACAAAAGCCCAGAGACCGUAUGUAGGCGAAAGCGAAAUACUGUGGAAGACCUCGCACUGCUGCUCGAGUUUUUGGACGAGAAUAUCAUGAAGGAGGUGAGGGCCGAACAGGAACGAAAUCGGAGAGGUGCUUACACUUGGGAGCAUGCAUGGGUUAUGCAUAGGCCAGGAGCCACAAUGUUGGUCAAAUCGAGGGAGGAGACUGACUUCGCCAUCAGAGUGGUGAGGUCCAUAGAGCGGGGGCCACAUGCUUGGACUCUACGAUCGUGGUCACUGGACUAUGAUGGCAUACACCUCGGCCGUACCGAGACUGUGAGCACUGUGCCAAGGUUUGGUGGCGAGGGGGGUAUGGGGAAAAUCUUCUUCAUUGAUGAGAAUGCUGAGGAAGACGAGAUCAAGAGCCUUGAUGAGGAACUACAACAUCACCUGGAAGAGGGUAAAAAGUUCUGGAAUCUUAUGCACAAGCAGUGCCAGUACUAUAAAGGAGAGAGCGCACAAUUUCCCUUUAACGAAAUGGAUGGACUCGUAAUGUCUGAUUUGAAAACCUACUACGAGCAAGAGCCCGACAAAGCACCUGACCUCCUCGGUCACGAUGACCUGCGUAACUGGACGUCAAACUGUGAUUGUCUGGCUUGCAGAAACCAACAUAGCGAUCUCCGGGUAAAGGAUGGUGUUAUGUUCGAUGAGUACCAAAAGUUGACGAUCGAGGUGAAUUCCAGGUUGACUCCGCACCAAUACCUGGUGUGUCCACGAGUCAUUAAGGCUUACGUCUUCCGUACCCGGAGAUGGGAACCGCUCCAUAUACGCCACUUUCGGAAGCCUCAAUGGAAUCAGGACCUGAUGAACAGCCUAGUGAUGGAUGAGGGCAAGAAGACGACUCUCAAGGCACUCUCAAAAAGCUAUGCUCGCUUGAACAAGCGAGACGAACGACUCGAGCAAGAUCUCUGGUCAGCUGAUUUCGUCAAAGGGAAAGGAGCUGGUCUCGUGUUCCUGCUUCACGGACGACCCGGCGUCGGGAAAACUUGCACGGCAGCAGUGCGGCUGAUAGUGUUCUGCAUGUGGAUAGGAUUUCUCCGAGCGUUGGAAAGCUAUGAUGGCAUUUUGUUCCUCACGACCAACCGGGUUGGUUCAUUCGAUGACGCGUUCAUCUCGCGUGUCCACAUCCAGAUCUAUUAUCCGGAUUUCGAUGAUGACCAGAGAAAACAAGUCUGGAAAACGUUCAUGGACAAGUUGUCCAAGGAGCGCGGAAGCACGAUGAGGCUGAACAUUGACGCGAAAGAGUACAUUGCUAGUAAGCCAGUGGCCGAGCUAAAGUGGAACGGGCGAGAGAUCCGAAACGCCUUCCAGACUGCCGUCGCCCUAGCCGAGUACGACAACGAGAAGGACGAGGAGGGUCGGGUCUUAAUUACGGAUAGCCACUUUAAAGCCGUGACAGAGCUCUCCCGCGACUUCAAAAACUACCUGCACGAGCUGAAGAAGGGUGAUGAAAGCAAGCGGGCGGAACGGAGGAUGGAGAGGCUGGAUACAUACGGGACUCUUGUCAAAGGCAAGUGA